AUGACUCCAUUAAUGUGGGAUCUGGUGUGCUUCGUUGGCAUUCUGGCAUCGGGAACUCUCGGAACUGUCCCCCAGCUUCGGCCACAGCAGCGACAGAUUCGCUCAGUUGGUCCUGUGAUCCCACGAGUGUCCCCGCAAGUCCCCCCGAGGGCCUACCAGCGCCCGGAGGAUGCCCGAUCUGUUGAACAAGCCUCCGACGAAGUACAAAGUGCUGAGAGUUUUCAAGAGGUCCAGCUGCGUGAUUACGCUGCCCGGGGCUUCCAGCAGCAGCAGAGAGCCCGGCCAGGUGCCAACAACUACCUGACCCAGGAGCGACGGAGAGUUGACACUGGAGCAACAAGAUCCAACUGCAGAAAUCAGCCUAUAGACCUGGUCUUUAUCAUAGACAGCUCCCGCAGUGUACGUCCUGCUGAGUUUGAGAAGGCCAAGGAGUUCCUGCAGAACAUGGUGGACAGCUUGGAGAUCGGGUCCGAUGCCACACGAGUAGGCCUCGUCAAUUAUGCCAGCACAGUGCAGCUUGAGUUUCUACUGAAGACGUAUUCUGACAAGUCUGCCCUGAAGCAGGCAUUGGCCCAUGUCAAGCCCCUCGCUUCAGGCACCAUGACAGGCAUGGCCAUUAAGACUGCAAUGGAGAAGGCAUUCACUGUAGAGGCAGGGGCCCGGGUUAGUUCCAUGAACAUUGCCAAAGUAGCCAUCGUAGUGACGGACGGGAGGCCCCAGGACAAGGUGGAGGAUGUGUCAGCAGCAGCCCGUGCAGCUGGGAUUGAGAUCUACGCGGUGGGAGUAGACAGAGCUGAUAAGAUGUCCCUCCGCCUCAUGGCCAGCCACCCCCAUGAUGACCAUGUCUUCUAUGUAGAGACCUAUGGUGUUAUAGAGAAGCUCACUUCCAAAUUUAGGGAAACCUUGUGUGGUAAGGAUGAUGAUAAUGGGAGUGCGGAUAUUCCAUUAAAUGGUGGAAUUGAUGAUUAUGGACUAGGCCUAGAUGGCAGGAAAGACGGUAAUGGAAUAAAUAAUGAAAAUGACGAUAAAGGAAACAACGGUUUGGAUGCAUGUGUUCUGGGACACGAUUGCCAGCACAUUUGUGUCAGCAAUGGCAACUCAUACAACUGCAAGUGUAACUCGGGCUACAUCUUGAACCCGGACCAGAAAACAUGCUCACGUUGGGAUGCAUGUGCCCAGGGACAUACCUGCCAACAUAUUUGUGUCAACAGUGGUGACUCAUAUACCUGCAAGUGUCAGGUGGGAUAUUUAUUGAAUGUAGACCAGAAAACAUGCUCAAGUUCUGAUUCAUGUGCCCGUGGACAUGAUUGCCAGCACAUUUGUGUAAACAGUGAUGACUCGUACAUCUGCAAGUGUCAAGCGGGAUAUGUGUUGAAUGCAGACCAGAAAACAUGCUCACGUUCUGAGCCAUGUGCCCCUGGACAUGAGUGCCAACACAUUUGUAUAAAGAAUGAUGACUCGUACAUCUGCAAGUGUCAAGUGGGAUAUGUGUUGAAUCCAGAUAACAAAACAUGCUCACGUUCAGAUGCAUGUACCCAUGGACAUGACUGCCAGCACAUUUGUGUCAACAGUGAUGACUCGUAUAUCUGCAAGUGUCGAGCGGGAUAUGUAUUGAAUGCAGACCAGAAAACAUGCUCACGUUUGGAUGCAUGUGCCCAGGGACAUGACUGCCAGCACGUAUGUGUCAACAAUGGGAACUCGUACAUCUGCAAGUGUCGAGUGGGAUAUGUCCUGAACGUGGAUAAGAAAACAUGUUCACGCUCGGAUCCAUGUGCUCAGGGACAUAACUGCCAGCAUAUUUGUAUCAACAAUGGUGAUUCUUACAACUGCAAGUGUCGAGUGGGAUAUGUGUUGAAUGCAGACCAGAAAACAUGCUCACAGGAAAUGAGAAGUGAAAUAACCCAAGAUGCCUGCAUGUGUGAAGCUCAGAUUGCAUUCCAGAAAAAAGUACAGUCAACCAUUCAGGAGCUGAGCAGAAAACUUGAUGAAAUUUCAAACAAAGUGAAUCUGAUUCAACGUCAGCAGCAGGAUUAA